GUUCAUUAGAAUGCAAAACCUGUGGUGUGCGGCAGCCAUUUUACCGGACGGGCUCGAACCACUUUGCUCUUCAUUGGGAAACAGAAUGACACGGUGAUACGGAGUACGUAUUUAAGGCACAAACCGUGUUCGUCAGUCAACUCUAACAGGCGAAUUAGCGGCUGUAAACAAGACAGGAAAGUGGUCGAGAAAGUAGUCUGGUUCAAGCAAGCAUUUGGAAACUUUUUUCCCCACCAAUUGGGCGUUAAACUCAAAGAUCGCUUCUCUCUGUUUUAACCGGUGAACUAAUAGGCUAUCACAUUGGGGAAAGGAAGUAUAUCGACUAUAAAAUAUGGCAUCGCAACAUGAUAGUAUGUUUUUAGAAGACGAUUUGACCUGUUGCGUUUGCGCGGAAGUAUUUGAAGACCCAGUAAUGCUCUUUUGUGGACAUGAUCUUUGUCGAAAAUGCUGCGAGGCGUUGUACAGGCAGUCACUUACAAAGAAGCAUAACACGGGGAAAUUUUACUGCCCUGAGUGCCGGGCCGACGUCGCAUUGGAACAAGAACGAGGCGUCGAUAGUCUACCCAGGAAUUUCCGACUACAGAACCUAUGCGAUCGAGUGAAGCAGAUGAAGAUCAUAAACCCCGUCGAAUGUUUACCUGGUCUCAAUGAUGACCCGUAUUCAACCCUAAGCGUGUCGUACAUGAGAAGAAAGGGAAGUGUAAUGAGUCACAUGGCUACCUUGGUAGAAAAAAUUAAAGAAAUGGAAAGAUUCAUCAAGACUCUGGACGAGAAAUGCGAAACAGUGGAGAAAAAUUGCGGCAAAUUGAAAGUGUCGAUAUCCAAGGAAUGCGAGGCACUUUAUCAAAUACUCGACCAGAAACGUAAGUCAAUGUUACAUGAUAUCGACAAGCAUAAACACGAUAUAACGACGCAACUAAGACGGCAAAUAGCUGUGUAUAGCAAGGCACUGGAAGAGGCUAAACAGGCGGAGAUGAAAACAACGUCUGAUAUGGAAUCCAUGAGAAAAAAAGAUUUCAUCAAGAAUACGAAAUCUUUGGAAGAUAGGCUGGACAAUGCAUCGACCUCUCUGCCAGGUUUGACCCCGGCUGUUAGCGAUAAAUUUGUUAUAAGUGUUGACUUCAAAGCUGCCAAAGAUGACUUACAGAAGUUACGUAUAGAUGUUAGAGACAAACUACGAAGUGAGGAACAAGAAGAUAACCUGAAGAAAUUAGAGACAGGUGAAAAUUCCCAGAAAUCGAUGUCAUCAGACUUACUUGCGCAGAAGCAGAAAGAUUCUGGCAAAUCUGGAAAUAGAAAAAAUAAAAAGCAUAAUGAUCCUUUCAAGAAACGCCGGUCGACAUCGGAUUCUGAUGCGCGAAGCACAACACCCCCUGAACCGUCAUCCUCUAUGCAGUUCGAGACUGCAACAUGAUGAUGAAUAACAUAUAAAUGUGUUACAAUGAUACUCGAUGCCGGGACUUGAUACUCUUACAUAUUUAGAGGGACCCGAGGAACUAAUACAUAAUUAUCUCCACGUAACCAGAAGAAAUGAAGUGAAAUAACGAAUGGAGUUGUGGUUUCAUGGCGUUCGGUAUCUGGUAUACCGGACGACACACAAACGGGUCACAAGAUCACGCGCAUCAUCCUAGUCAUUUUACUUUUUAUCGCGGUCACACAUAAACAGCGCCACCACGCGCUUGAAAUUCAGCCUUAAAAUGCGAGUAUGAUUUGGGGAGGGCCCAGUUUUGAGUACUCAAAUUUUUUUGAUUCUGCUAUAUCCCACAAUUGGCCACACCCAAUUCACAAGGACUUGUCUCCCGAAAAUAUUUCGAACAUGCUGAAGCAAUGUGGCAUUCCCAUAAAACAAUUGUGUUCUGGUAUUCUACAUAUCAUACACUUGAUACUAUUUACCAUAUACACCGCCCGGCCCACAUUUCUUUUUGGUGCAGAAUAAAUACCAAUUCUUUGAAAACACGUAUGACUACUCCCACGCAAAAUUAGCUUUCAAGUUCUCGUCAGUUUUCACACAUAGUCAGUAAAUAACUUCUAGUAUAACAUUAACUAUUUCAAUUUAAUAGUAUUUUUAUACACUUUUUAUAGAAAUAUGUGGAUUGUGUUGGGUAUUUUUUUUUUCAUUUUCUUAGUGUAUAAAUUGUGUUGAUUGUGGUCCACAUUUUCACGAAAUGUAAUAAAUAUACGUAUAUUCGUU